AUGCCUCAGCUCCUGCGCGCACAACAAACACAUGCACCACCACGCCUUCCCUUCUCUGGUAAACACACUAGACCCAGUCGCAUCGUGUUUGCAAGUAAUACGACUCACUGCCAGCAUCCGACGUGGUUGACAGUGGCCGAUGCAGCUUGCAGUGCAGCCCUCGUUUUCAGCGGCAUCUCCACCACAACUCCGAGUUGGUCCGACGUCCAAGAAAAAUACGUCGCCAUGUUUUCGUGGAUCACGGGACCGCGCAUCACCAAUGUCAUCGAAGACCUCCAGCCUGAAAACAACUACGAGUCGACCUUCAUCGAGCCGCCAGAGACUCCGGCCCACCAAUUUGCCGUCAAGGCCUUCAAGCAUGCCAUAUUCGGAACGCCUGCCCCAGAAGACACCAAGGACACCGUAAAGAAAAGCGAAAGAAAAGCAAGGGUGGACGCGGCCAACGCAAAAGCUUUUGAGUUGCCCGCGCCAAGAGAGAAUGGUCCGCCUAUAUCCCCAUCGAAACAGCCAGGGGGUAUCCUCAUGACACCAGGCACAGCCAGCAAAGGAAGAAAGCAGGUGUCGUUCGGCUCGCAGGUGGUGGACAAUGAAGGCAAGCGCGGCAACGUUGGCAAGACCGGUAUACCCAACGACUGCCCUGGCAAGUUUCCCAGUCCGUGGACACCUGGUACGCAAUUGAAGCUAGACGCCGAAAGUGAAAAACGACCACGCACCAGGCUUACCGAGGCCCUUCUUGACGCACGAACAACAAUACAGCACAAAUCAGGACAGAAGCCCAAGGCGAGGGACGAUAGCGACAUCACAAUAGAUCUGGGAGCGCCACGGUCCGAGUCUGGCAAAUACUGGAAGGAGCAGUACGAGAGCUAUGCAGACAAGAGCGAAAAGGAGAUGAAGAAAGUUAUCGCGAAGCAACAGCUGGCCAAGAAGUUUGCCAUGAAGAAGGAUGGCGAAGUCACAGAGCUAGCGAACAAACUCGAGCAAGAGCGCAAGCGGCACAGGCAGCGAGAGAAGGAUCUGGAACAGCAGAACAAGGACCUCCAGGAACGACUCCGCCAAGCUAUGGCGGCGAGCGGGUCGUCAAGCAUCGAAAUAGCAACACUAAAGGCACGAGUGGCCGUCUUGGAAGCUUCAGCCUCUCAGCCUUCUUCCGACCUUCCAAAAAAUAAAGUUCCAUUUGACAUUUAUGAAGAUGGCACUAAAGAUCAUCCACGAUCCGCUCCGCAUGGCUUGGACCUCGAUCCCGACAUGUCAUACAGUAUGGCUUCAUCUACCAAAGAGAACAAAUCGCCAAGACUUCGUCGCCAACGCCGUGGUACUAUGCCUGACACGCUAAAUCGACCGACUCUCCCAUCCAGGCUUGGGACUGGAGAGGGUGAAGCUUCUAUCCUUCUUGGCAAGUCGCCGUAUGCACCUCAGCAACCCUCUGAUGCUACCCUGGACAAAGCUCCAACAUCCACUCAACAAGAGCAGGUACCCAAAUCGCCCUUGAAGAUCCGCAGACAUGAGCCAACCAAGGAGAAUAAUGUGCCCAAACCACCAGCCGAGAUGCCUCCAUCGAGUCCUCUGCCUAUGCCAUCGCCUGGUCUUGACCCAUGGAUGGACUUGAACGACCGCUCGAUACCGCAAAUGGACAAGAUGGCGAUGCCCAUCUCUAUUGGCCAACCCUACACUAGACCUGAGUGGAAUCCACCGCCUCGCCAGAGUGGGGUGUCCAAGUCAGUAUCGCAGGCCAAACAGACGGAGACGAAGAGCGAAAAGAAAGCAGAUCCACCGAGGCGCAGGGAACACACAAUUGAGAAAGCUAUUCAUGCUACAGAACUCGGAGCAACCUCGAUUAUCUCCACAAAGGAUGCGAAACACAAUCCCACUGCACCAAAAGUUGAACCACGGAAGACAAAUAACGUCACAUCCUACCACGCUCCCACUGACCCCAAGUUCGAACUCACUAAAGUCACCGCCCACCAUACAGAAAGAUCUGCAGAAGUGAAGAGGGAUGGGAGUAAAUUAACAGCAGCCGAUCGCCGAGAGCUGGCAAAACUCCGACUUGCAAACAAGAAGAAGGAAAGAAAGAAUCACGCUGCGGUUGCCUAAUUCGUUGAUCGGCAGCUGUUGUUUAUUGUAUCCGAUUCACUGGGGUUGGGUGUUUCGAUUGCAAGUGGGUAUUGCAUUGCUGAACAGGAGUCAGGCUUGUUUCACGAAUAUCCAGUUUAGGGCUUGCACGAUACCUAGACAUGCUUUUGUUUACAGUAGAUCCAAUUCAUAUUCAUACAU